AUGAAGACUGGUUUUCAUCCUCAGUGUGUUGAACAGGCAUCUAAUCAACCAUUAAUUUCCUUUUUGUUGGAUGAACAUAGUAACUAUUUCUUUCCUUCUGAUGAGAAACAGAGGCAGAGAGGAUUAGGGGUUGCCCUAAGUCAGAAAAGGAGGUUGCAGAAUUCAGCCUCAGGAAUCCAUACAGUAUUCAGGAGUGAUGUGGUAGAGAAAGGCCAGAAUUUGGAGGAAAAAAGAGAUGGAGAAGAACUAAUGGGAAAGAUUCAGACUCCAGUGGCAUGUAAAAGCCUGCUUUAUGCCCACCCACACACCAUCCCCAGGUCUCCUGUUGUGAGUGCAGCUUCAGAAGAAGAGAGUCAUGGAGAAGCCAGUUCCUCCCAGACACCAUCCAAUCAAUUUGAUGAGACCCUACUGAUCUUCACUGUCAGACAAGAAAUUAAGAGAGCCAGAGGAGCACCCCGUGAGGCCUGGAGCAGUCCAAUUUUGGCAAAGCAUGUGACAAAAAAACUUAUUAGAUCCCACUCAGUCACUCCUUUGCACCUGGAGGCUGCAGGCACGCACAUCAAUAGGUGCGUGAGACUUCAGAACCGGCCCUCCUGCAAUUCCAGGGGAGAUUCUGCCCCACUUGGUCCCGCUGCGAGGCAUUCCACCGCCAUCGGCCUCUGCAGGAAAAGCCAGACCCCUUUGGCCUCGUCGGAGGUCCCCCGGAGUUCCUCGGAGCCAGAGCUGGAGGACAGGAAGGCAGCCCCAGGAGGCGCUCAGGCGGACCCCCAUCGCCAAAGCCGGCCCCGGGGUGCGCCCCUAAGUCCGGCUGGAGGAGGCGCAGUUGCCAUGGCACCGGAGAUGCUCCCCAAGCAUCCUCAUCCCCCGGGGAAAAGGGAGCCCAGGGUGGACGCCUCCCUCCACGGCAAUCUGGCAGGAGCGUCCCUUCCUCUGCUCGUCGGUGCUCCCACCCAUCUCCCCUCAAAGAAGUUAAUCAAGGUUUGCUCUUCUCCCCCCGCCCGCCCACCCCAGCGUUUCCAUACGGUUUGUUCACAGGCCCCUCCUAGGCCGGGGGUGAAUGCUCACUUACAUUGA